AUGACGCUGCGGUCGCCGCUGGCGGCGGCGCCACCCGCGGCGGCGGUGAGGGCAUGCAAGACCGUAUGCUGCACCUGGAGGCCGCCGUGCCCGAGUCGGCGGCCGCGAGCCUCGUGCAGGACAUGUCGGACUCCAACUUCGGCUCAAGAGGCGGCCGUGGAGGGCGAGUCCGGCGGCGAAGCGGACCUCGAGGGCGCGUACGAGGUGCUGGACGCGUUCCCGUCCAGUGGCGCUGCUGGGCCCGCAGCAGGCCAGGCCAUGGCUGCUUCGGAUGGGGGCCAUGAGGGCCUCCGCGCCUCGGAGGCCGUGCGCUGCUCGUGGGCAGACGUCAGCGACGCCGUGGGCGCUGGCGGCGACAAGUGCUUCGGCAACGUUGGCGGCGAUGUGGAGGGCGCCAGCCUGGACGAGGAGGUCCAGGAGAGCGUGGAGACGACAGAGUCUGCGUCGGCGGGUGCGAGCCUCGUGCCUGACGUGGCGGACGGUCCUAGCCUCAACGUCUCCUGCGAGGUUCCUCCCCUGCCCUUGUCUUCCUGCGACUUCGCCAGCGAGGCGUCGGAGCUGGUUGGUAGAGGUGGUGCGCGAGCUGGCGGGUGUCUGCGAAACCUCGGCGAUCGGGGCGUUCGACAGGCUCAUCAAUGGUGUCGGCGAUAUUCUCGAACGGCUGCACGCCGCGGGCGGGACCGACGACCAAGGGGAACUGCUGCUGCUGGGGAUGCUUCGCCAGCGCGCCGCCUUGGCCUGCAAGGCACAGGACGGCGAAGCGAACAGGCAGCUGGGGAGAAAUGGGGGCGGCCAAUGAGGGGGUCGCCUCGCCUUGCGCUGUGA